AUGGCUGUGAAUGAUAGUAAUGUCAGCAGCCUCACUAGCCUCAAGAGCAUUGCGAACAGUGAUACCACUGCGACAAUCAUCACGGUGGUUCAUCCUGGAGACCGUCUCGUUUUGAAUUACCAAUACCCGCAAACAGUCGCACGCUAUACUGCCAAUGAUUGCAGCGAAUUCAGUAAUGAAACACACUUUGGCAUCUAUGGAAACUCGUAUCGAUUUCAAUCGAAAGAGGUGAACAAGAAUUUUACCUUUGUCUGCCAGCAAGAGAAUAAUAUUCACAAUACUACUGCGAUCAUGAGUGAUGAUGAUGAUGAUGAGAACAAUAAUGGCUGCAAUGAUGAUGGUUCCUAUACGAACGCACGGACCUUUGUAGUCCGCUCAGUUCCUCCGCCACGAAAACGGUCCUGGCCGAUACAAAAUCCCAAUCGAGUCGGAGUGGUGGAUCAUGGCCUCAUAUUUCUGAUGGUGGUGGGCGCACUGGGCUUGAUAUCUCUGGCCAUGAAUUGUUGCAUGGAUUACUCGGAUAGUCAAAAGAAGAAAGCCGCUGAUGACAUUGCCCGCGAAAUAAUGAAUGAUAUUGAUAACAAUGCUGAUGAUGUUGAGCGAUGA